AUGAAAGGUGCUAGCAUUUACUCGCUUUUUAUAUUGGUGUUAGCAUACGGUGUUAAACCAUCGUCUCAGAUUACUAAACGCAAUAAUGUGUUAUUGUUUGUGCUGGACGAUUUUCGGCCGGCGAUUGGUGCAUUUGGCGAUAGCAAGGCCAUAACGCCCAACAUUGACUCACUGGCAAAAAAUGGAUUCAUGUUCACAAAUGUUUUCGCACAGCAAUCGUUAUGUGCUCCAAGUAGAAAUUCCUUUCUAACGGGCCGGAGACCGGACACUACCAAACUGUAUGACUUUUACAGUUACUGGAGACAAUCCGCUGGGAACUUCACUACCAUUCCUCAAUACUUCAAACAGCAUGGUUAUCUAACUCAAUCUAUAGGAAAAAUUUUUCACCCCGGGAUUUCAUCGAAUUAUUCGGAUGAUUAUCCGCUCAGUUGGAGUUCUGUACCAUUUCAUCCAUCAACAGAGGAGUUUAUGAACAAACCGACGUGCAUUGAUAUGGCAUCGGGAGAUGUUAGCAAAAAUUUACUCUGUCCGGUGGUUCUGAAGCUACAACCUGAUGAAACAUUACCCGAUAUUCAGAGUACAUGGGAAGCAAAAAUGUUUUUAUCAGAACACCAGAACUCCACAACACCAUUCUUUUUAGCAGUUGGAUUCCAUAAACCGCACAUUCCAUUUAAGUUCCCCGCCAAAUUUCUAGAUCUGCAUGAUCUUCAAAAAUUUGAAGCACAUGAUCUUGACUAUCCUCCACACGGUUUACCGCUCGUAGCUUGGAGUUCGUAUUUGGAUAUUAGAAGCAGAGACGAUAUGAAAGCUUUGAAUAUUAGCUAUCCUUUCGGACCAAUCCGCGACGUGGUUAGACUAAAGAUUCGACAACAUUAUUACGCUUCUGUUACUUAUGUGGAUGAUUUGAUCGGACAACUGCUGAAGGAUGUUAAUUUUGACAACACAAUUGUUUUAUUAACUUCGGAUCAUGGAUGGUCACUAGGCGAACAUGCCGAGUGGUCUAAAUACAGUAAUUACGACGUCGCUUUGAAUGUACCAUUGAUAGUCUACAGUCCAGACAUGCUACCUAAGGUCAAUAAAAAGAUAGAUAAAGUGGUCGAGCUAUUGGAUUUGUUUCCCACAAUUGUGGAUUUGGCGGGACUGCCACCGAUAGAAAAGUGUAUUACCGAUACGAACGCUGACACAUGCGUGGAAGGAAAGUCUUUACUGCCGUAUAUUUUGGAUAAUCCCACGGACGGCUUAGUGGAAGAAGCGUUCAGCCAAUAUCCGCGACCAGAGGCAUAUCCAACCUUUUAUCCCAACAGUGACAAACCAAAGCUGUACCAAAUUAAAAUAAUGGGUUACAGCAUUCGUAAUCGUCGUUUUCGAUACACGGCUUGGGCAGGAUUUGACCCUGUGACAUUUGGUCGAGAUUGGACAAAAAUCUAUGGUGAGGAACUGUACGACCACAGCAUUGAUCCACAGGAGAACAUAAACCUAGCGGAUCGUCCACAGAUGCAGGAGACAAAGAAUUGGCUUCUAUCGAGAUUGAAGAAAAAAUUUGUUUAACGUCAUGAAUUUUGCAUUUACAUACAAUGGAGUGAAAAGAAAGGUAAGUAAUACCAAA